AUGGCUACAAUAUAUAAAUUGGUUAAAACCCAAAAGGAUGAAGACGCUGACGAUCUCAAAGAAAAAGAAUCUCCCAAGAAUAAACAGAGAGUUCUUGCCUUGUCUUCUCGAGGAAGACACCUAUUAAACGAUCUUGAUGCUCUCCUGCCUCAUUUCAAGAAAGACUCUAAGCUCGAUCAAAAGUCCAAGCUUGGAAUCAUUAAUGAACUAGCAGAUCUUAAUAAUUGCAAUAAUUGCGUCUUCUUUGAAGUACGAAAGGGUCAAGAUCUCUAUAUGUGGACAAGUAAGACGCCUAAUGGUCCAAGCAUUAAAUUUCAUGUUCAAAACAUUCACACAAUGGAUGAACUCAAGAUGACAGGCAAUUGUCUCAAGGGAUCUCGUCCGAUUCUCUCUUUUGAUAAGACCUUUGAUUCAGAACCGCAUUGGAUAUUAAUUAAAGAAGUUUUUGUUCACAUUUUUGGUAUUCCAAGGAGCGCUCGUCGAAUAAAACCCUUUGUUGAUCAUGUCGUUUCCUUCACAAUUGCCGAUAAUCGCAUAUGGUUUCGUAAUUUUCAGAUAAUCGAAAAAGACCCAAUGGAACAAAACAAAAAACCAAGUGAUAAGGAUCUAUCUCUUGUUGAGAUAGGUCCUCGAUUUGUUCUUAAUAUUAUUAAAAUAUUCGAAGGCAGUUUUUGCGGCGCCACUAUAUUUGCAAAUCCAGAAUUUGUUUCACCCAAUGAAAUUCGACGCAAUUUUCGCAUGGCUAAAGCUGUACGGCAUCAAGCUAGAAUGGUGGCAAAAGAAGAAAGACGACGAAAAAUAGCGGAUAGUGAUUUACCCGAUGAUGAUUUUGCUAACAUGCACCCAAGAACCAAUUAA